CUCGCCCCAUGGACACCGUGCUCUUCUUGGCCCUCGGGCUGCUGGCCCAGAGCCUGGGCCUCUCACUGGGGGUUCCCAGGCUGAGGAGGCCCAGCACCCUGUUCCCCUGGCACCGGGCGCCCGCCGCAGGCCGUGUUCGGAGAGCCUGGGUCAUCCCCCCCAUCAGUGUGUCCGAGAACCACAAGCGCCUCCCCUACCCACUGGUGCAGAUCAAGUCCGACAAGCAGCCUCUGGGCAGCGUCAUCUACAGCAUCCAGGGGCCCGGCGUGGACGAGGAGCCCCGGGGCGUGUUCUCCAUCGACAAGUUCACAGGGAAGGUGUUCCUGAAUGCCACGCUGGACCGGGAAAAGACAGACCGCUUCAGGCUAAGGGCCUUUGCUCUGGACCUGGGAGGAUCCACCCUGGAGGAGCCCACGGACCUGGAGAUCGUGGUUGUGGAUCAGAACGACAACCGGCCUGUCUUCCGGCAGGAGGUGUUCACAGGCCGAGUGCUGGAGGGCGCAGCGCCAGGCACCUAUGUGACCAGAGCCGAGGCCACGGAUGCUGACGACCCGGAAACGGACAACGCGGCCCUGCGGUACUCCAUCCUGGAGCAGGGCAGCCCCCAGCUCUUCAGCAUUGACGAGCUCACGGGGGAGAUUCGCACAGUACAAGUGGGCCUGGACCGUGAGGUGGUCGCUGUGUACAACCUGACCCUGCAGGUGGCAGACAUGUCUGGAGAUGGCCUGACCGCCACUGCCUCGGCCAUCAUCACCCUGGAGGAUGUCAAUGACAACGCCCCUGGCUUCACCAGGGAUGAGUUCUUCAUGGAGGCCACAGAGGCCACGAGUGGAGUCGACGUGGGGCGGCUGGAGGUGGAGGACAGGGACCUGCCUGGUUCCCCCAACUGGGCAGCCAGGUUCACCAUCCUGGAGGGCGACCCCGAUGGACACUUCACUAUCCGCACAGACCCCAAGACCAACGAAGGCGUGCUGUCUGUGGUGAAGCCCCUGGACUAUGAGCGUUGCGAGCAGUAUGACCUCCGAGUGGCGGUGCAGAACGAGGCCCCCCUGCAGGCUGCUGCCCCCAGAGCGGAGCGGGACCAGGCCAGAGUCAGCGUGCGGGUGCAGGAUGUCAAUGAGGCGCCCGUGUUCCAGGAGAACCCACUGAGGACCAGCCUGGCUGAGGGGGCGGCCCCGGGAACACCCGUGGCCACCUUCUCUGCCCGAGACCCCGACACACAGCAGCUGCAGAGGCUCAGCUACUCCAAGGAUUAUGACCCCGAGGACUGGCUGCAAGUGGAUGGAGCCACAGGCUGGGUCCAGACCCAGCGUGUGCUCAGCCCGGCGUCCCCCUUCCUCAAGGAUGGCUGGUACAGAGCCAUCAUCCUGGCCUAUGAUGACGCCUCCCCGCCCUGCACGGCCACCGGGACCCUGUCCAUUGAGAUCCUGGAGGUCAACGACCAUGCCCCUGAGCUGUCCCCACCAUCUGGAAGCCUGUGCAGCGAGCCCACCCAGGGCUCUGGCCUUCUCCUGGGUGCCACGGAUGAGGACUUGCCCCCCCACGGGGCCCCCUUCCACUUCCAGCUGAACCCCAGCAUUCCAGAGCUGGCCCGGAACUGGAGCCUCAGCCAGAUUAACAUAAGCCAUGCACGUCUGAGGCUGCAGCACCAGCUGCAGGAGGGGCUGCACCGCCUCAGCCUGCUGCUCCGGGACUCGGGACAGCCGCCCCAGCAGCGCGAGCAGCCCCUCAACGUGACGGUGUGCCGCUGCGGCCAAGACGGCGUCUGCCUGCAGGGGGCUGCUGCGCUGAGGGCAAAAGGCCCGGGCAUCAGCCUGGGUGCCCUGGUCAUCGUGCUGGCCACCGUCAUCCUGCUGCUCUUGCUCACCCUGCCGCUGGCCCUCCUCCCGCGGUUCCGGCAGCAGUCGUGGGACAAGGGGCUUCUACAGGGGCUGCAGGACGACCUCCGGGACAACAUCCUCAACUAUGAUGAGCAGGGGGGUGGGGAGGAAGACCAGGAUGCCUACGACAUCAACCAGCUGCGCCACCCCUCCGAGCUGGCAGCCCUGAGCGCCCCUCUGGGACGGCCGCCUCUGCGCCGUGACACCCCGUUGAGCCGGGUGCGACCCCCACCAUCUCGCGCACUGCCCACCAGCCCCGCUGACAUGGCAGACUUCAUCAACGACGGCUUAGAGGCUGCAGACAGCGACCUCAGCGUCCCACCCUACGACACUGCUCUCAUCUAUGACUACGAAGGAGACGGGUCCAUGGCAGGGACCCUGAGCUCCAUCCUGUCCAGCCUGGGCGACGAGGACCAAGACUACAGCUGCCUCCAGGACUGGGGCCCGCGCUUCGCCCGGCUGGCUGACUUGUACGGUCCCCCCUGAGGGCCCGAGGGAGGGCAGGAUGCAAUGGCCACUCUGGGCAGGGAAGGGAGCUUUCUAAUGGGGACCAGCACCCACCCUGCGGAGGGCACAGCACCCGGACACAGGGGGUGGACACCUUACCAGGAUG